AUAAGAAUUUUUGUUGCACAAUUUCCCAACCAUGGGAGGAGAACAAAGACUUGACAUUGAGAAAGAGUAGGCGGACAUUUCUAAGAAUAUUUGGGCAUUUCAUUCAUUCAUCCAUCCUAACUUCACCUUCUCUCUUUAGUCUUUACCCAACUUUCUAUAGAUCUCCCUUUCUUUCACAUUUUCCUGCAUUUUCUCCAUCUUGUUUGAUUCAUUUCCAUGGAUACUGUUGCUUUCCGUUUGUCUGCUGGCCGCAUUUUACACGUGUGUUCUUCACUUGAAAAGCCUGCUCCGGCUGAACGGCCAGCUAUAGUUCAGUCCCAUUGCCAAGUUCUCACCGUUGGAAGGCUAAAUUCUUCCCCAAGGCCCGCAAGAUUAGUAGUAUCAUGUGCAAAGACACUUGAAACAACUGUGUCUUCCAAGUCCGAUGUUCCACUCAAUGAUAAAUCAAAAGGCUCAAUCGAGAAGCAGGCUUUACGCACCACUUUCCCCAAUGCAUUGGAGGCGUUGCUCUUGGAGGUUAGUGAUGAAACAAGUGUUGCUGAAGUGCAGCUAAAGGUCGGAGAUUUUGAAAUGCAUCUGAAGAGAAAUGUUGGUGCCGUGAAUGCUCCAGUUCCGAUUGCACCAGCCGUUCCAAGUGAACCCAUGGAUCAAUUAGUACCUGCAACACCUUCAACAUCAGCUCCGAACCCUGCUCCUGGAAAGACCAGUCCCUUUGCUAGUGCCUCCUCAGCGGCAUCUUCGAAAUUGGCUGCACUUGAAGCCUCGGGAGCCAAUGGUUUUAAACUAGUGACAUCACCAACCGUGGGUUCAUUCAGGAGAGGAAGAACAGUUAAAGGGAAAAAAUUACCUCCUAGCUGUAAGCAGGGUGAUAUGAUUAAAGAGGGACAAGUGAUUGGCUACAUUGAUCAAUUUGGAACUCAGCUUCCUGUCAAGUCAGAUGUAGCUGGUGAAAUCUUGAACCUGCUUUUCGAAGAAGGCGAAGCGGUUGGCUAUGGUGAUCCGCUUGUUGCUGUUUUGCCAUCAUUUCAUGGCCUCAAUUAAACGAUUCUGUAUUGCAAACGCCCUAGUAUUGGAAGUUUCAUGCUCUCAAUUUUUACUGGUUUUUGGUCACUUCUCUGUUCUGUUGAAAACAAUUGUAGAUGUAGAUAAUAGCUAGUUUUUCCUUUUGUUAUGUUGUUAUGUACUUUGGUGUUGUAUGAUCAAUUCUUUAUAUUUUGGAUUUCGCACUCAACAGCUCUAGGUUGAUACUACACGGCAUACAAUCACAGUAACAAGUAAAUUAGCCGCAUU